UACUGUUACGGGACCCCUCUUCAUCUUACCCCCUUCACUCAACACCUUCAUGACGUCUUAAAUCCGUGCAUUGACUUACAUGACAAUAUACGAACAAUUCUACGCAGUAUGAACGACUGGUGCAUCACGCAAUGUUAGAACUAUAGACCACAUAUCACACUACAUACAUUCACAUCUUCUUACUGUAUCCAUACUCUUAUUCUUAUUAUAAAAUACAUCCUUUUGCCGAUAUACUUAUAACAAAUGAUAAAUUUUUUCCCAAAUGUCCAAGACUAUCUCGUGUCAAACCGAAAGAGGUAGCGAUGUUCUAGUUAGAAGAAAUGGGCUGUCAGGGACAAUCGUAUUCCCUAUACUGCUUAGUAUUAGGCCGGGGCCCUGCGCUCAAUGGGGGAAAGUGGUCACUGAUCUAGCACAUACACAGCCCGACAGCCGUUUUGAACCACGUAAUGGUGCCGGGUUGCGUGAGGAUGAGUCUGAUGACCCAUACGCGGCGCUUGGGCCUCAGCCACAUUACAUAAAUCAGCUGAUGAAUGUUAGCAUGACGGAAUUAUUUGGAAAUCCUGUGCAGAACGCCACCCACGCCGGCAUUGUCGGAUCCAAGAGCAAGCGUUGGUAUUCUCAGGGACCCUACGACGUGACGGUGGCACAACGCAAUAUAUUUCUACCAGACAUACACUCUCUAGGACCAAAGUCUAACCUUGCAGUACCGUACCCAGCCACCGAACUGCAGAGUAAUUUGAGCCCGUAUAUUAGGGCCAGGAUCCGAGAAGUUGAUCGGCGGCAGCCUGCGUCGUGGUUUCUGAUCGAGGAAGCACUAAAGCCCGAGGCUAGCUGUACUCUCCCCGAGGUAAUGCAAAUAGUCAAGGCUCGCACACUCUCUGAAGUUCUGGUUGAGUCCACAUGCUUAAAGUCCAUGCCCAUAUCCCCACAUUCAUUGCCAAGAGGUAACACUAUGCUAGAUCACAACGAACUAUUGAGGUAUCAACUUGGAGCGAACGCAGCUACUGACGAACAUAAAUGUAAGGGGUGCCAUGACGAUUGGCGUUUGCUCUAUUAUUACAGGACGGUGCGAGGGAAGAUGGAAGCGCCGGCUAGACGUAUCAAAGACGAGUUUUUCCCAGGGCUCAAGCAAAGAUAUGCCAAAUGUAAUCUCGAGCACGAUUUUGCAACGCCAUACACGUUUGCGGAAGGAAGAGGUGCGGAGGCUGGUCGGGUCUGGGGAGACGGGCAUGCGUGCCAUGGUGGCGGUACAAUGGACUAG